AUGUCAUAUUGUAACACUGAUAAGGAUACUUCAACUUCAUCAACAAUCAAUUCAAUUACAUCAUCACCAUCUUUAUCUUCUUUAUCUUCAACCUCUUCAGUUGUUGUCGGACCAAUCAGCAACCAUCACGGAAAAGAUGAAAAAUUUGAAGAAUACCAACAAACAUUAAAUGAAAUAUGUCAAGGCAUGUACAAGGCCAGAUGUCUAAAUAUGGUGACCGAGUUAAAUAUUGCGGCAAUGUUGACCGACGGUCAGAAAUAUUCCUGUGAUGAAUUGGCCGAGCAGGUUGGCGUCGAUGCCAAGUCACUGUUUAAAGUGAUGAGGGCGCUUUCUACGAUGGGUAUAUUCAACCAUCACACUGACGGUUUAGAAUCAGUCGACUCUCACCUAUUCUCACAAUCACCAAUAUCCAAGAUGUUAUUAGACACUGAUACUAGAAACCUGUUGCUCUAUGAAUGCGGCGAUUUUAGUUACAAGAGUUGGUUAAAUAUUGGAGACACUGUAAAGACUGGUGUAUCCUCGAUACCUAAAAGUUUUGGGGCUGAUUCCUUUAUUGGGGCACUACACAAAAACCAAAAAGAUUUAAAUAUCUUUGAAAAAGGAAUGACUGGAAUGACAAGACCCGGAAUACCCAAAUUAUUACAACAAUCUGAUUUCUCAAAAUUUGAUAUUGUUGCUGAUAUUGGUGGUUGUCAAGGAGUAUUAAUUCAAGAAAUAUUAAAAUAUAACAAAAAUAUAAAAAAAGGAAUUAAUUUUGAUUUACCAAUUACCAUUGAAAAUAAUCGGUUACAUUUGGACAGAGUAAAUGUUGAUCCAAGAUUUAUAGAGAUUGAAGGUAGUUUCUUUGAACAAGUGCCUCAAGCAGAUUGUUACAUAUUGUCAAAGAUUAUGAUGGACGACGAACCAUCUAAAAAAAUAUUGGAAAUCAUCAGACAAUCCAUUAAACCAAAUGGAAAGGUUUAUAUUUAUGAUUGUAUAUUGGAAAAGGAAUCUCAAAAUUAUUCUUAUAAAUGUUGGGUUGAUGUUCAUUUAUGGCAUAGUUUAAAUAGUUCAGGUAGAACAAUUAGAGAAUGGAGAGAAUUGGCUAAAUCUGCUGGUUUUAAAGUAGACCAGUUUAUUGGUGAAUCUCUCAUUGUAAUGUCAAAAUUAAUAUCAGACUGA